AAAGAGUCUCUUGAAGAGAUACGAGCAAGGCAAAGGGGAGGAGCGCUUGGGGUCUCUUUUCCUCGAGUUUGAUUUCGGUCUUCUCAUAUCAUGCCUAUAAGUCCCAACAGACAAACAGGAGACCCUUCUCAAUUCUUGACAGCUCUCUCUUCCGCUUUCUUCGAAUGGAUAUUGAUUCUUUUACUGCUAAUUGAUGCAUUUUGCUUAUUCUUGGUUUCAAAAAUAUUCCAUUCUUAUAAAUUACAGACUCCUUGUUUAUUAUGCUCAAGGAUUGGUUAUCUCUUAGGCAAUGAGAAGUUGGAAUUUUAUAGAGAUCUUGUUUGUGAUGCCCAUAAGUCGGAGAUUUCAUCUCUCGCCUUUUGUCAUGUUCACAAAAAGCUUGCUGAUGCAUGUAAAAUGUGUGAAACUUGUCUGGUUUCAUUUGCUAAAAUUACAUCGGAGGACUAUAAAUUUUUUAUGAGCAAAGUCAGUGUGGGCCUUAAUGAUGACAAUCAACUUCUUAAUUCAAGCUCUGAUGAAAUUGCGAGUGUUUCAUUACUGAAUAAGGAUUAUGAUGUUGGUUCUCCAAUUGCAAGGCCUUGUUCAUGCUGUUCUCGUAGACUAUCUCAUCAGAAAUCUAUUUUCAAAGAGUUGACUUAUCCUGGCACUUCAUUAUCUAAUGUAAGAUUACUAGCACAUGUUCAAGAUGGGUUGAUCAAGGUCAAGGAUGUUUUGUCUAUGUCAUUAGCUGAAUAUAAGCCAGGAGGUCACACUUUUGACUGUUUGUCUCAUUUCAGAUAUAAAGAGCUGAAUACUACAUCUGAGCCUGAGUCAGAAGUUCCGUUAUCAGAUGAUGAUUAUGAUGGAAGCUAUAAGCCAUGCGAGACUGAAGUUGUCAGGGAAGAAUUUGCUAAUCAACAUUUGAUUUCAGAAGUAGAAGUCCUUGAGAAUCUUAUUCAUCCGGAUCCUCUUGUAUCUGUUGCUUCUACAUCAGUUUCAAAGAGUCAAUUUGUUGAAGAUGGUUCUUAUGAUAAAUCAUUUGUUGAAUCCAAUGCUGAUCCUGGUCAUGGCUUAAAGGAAGUCAGCUGGACCCACAUUGAAGGAAAACCAAAUCGUCCAACUUCACCUCAAACAAUAUCUGAACCGGUUUCUAAAAGAAUCUCAAAUGCUAAAGAUCUUUCUGAGGUAGAUGUUUCAAGAACAUUAUCAACUUCACCUGUUGAGAUCAAAGAGUGUGCAGAUUUAAUUGAUUUAACUUCUGAAGCAGACAAAGUCAUGAUUGAAUCUACCCACAAUCUUACUUCUGAUCAUAAAGAAGCUCAGCCCCCGUCUACUUCUGAGAUUAUCCUAGCAAGAGAAUCUGCUAGACUACAUGAAAAUCUAAAGCAGCGUCUGUCCCAAAUUCCUUCUCCUAGGUGGCUUCAAUCACCUAGGAAUGAUGUCAUCCAGGGUUCCAGAAAGGAUGACGAUCGCAAAUUAUUUCAUACUCUAAGCUUUAAUGGAUUUCCAAGUUUUAAUAAGAAACUAGAUGCUGAAUUAUCAUAUUCAGAGAUUGCAGAAGGAAGUAUUUUUAGUGAAGUUAAAGAUGUUUCAGUUGAGAGUUUAAAAAAGCAGAUUGAAAUAGACCGGAAAACCCUCAAUAUUCUAUACAAGGAACUUGAGGAGGAAAGAAAUGCUUCAGAUAUUGCUGCAAAUCAAGCUAUGGCCAUGAUCAAUAAGUUGCAAGAGGAAAAGGCAACAAUGCAAUUGGAGGUUAUGCAGUAUCUAAGAAUGAUGGAAGAACAAACUGAAUAUGAACAGGAAGCACUUCGAAAGCUAAACGAUCAACUUACAGAAAGGGAGAAGGAGAUACAAGAUCUUGAGGCUGAGCUUGAAAGUUGUAGAAACCAAUCCAGAGAUGAAUCAAUAAGAGAUAAGAAUUUACAACCAUUAUUUGAUUCUGGUGAAAGUGAAUAUAGUACGACCAGUACACCUCAUGUUGUUAGACCUAGGAGAAGGAAAAAGCACCACUUGCCAAGUGUAAUGUUCCAAGAUUCUGAAUGGCCUGCAGACCCAAUUAAAGAAAAUUUACUGGAUUUUGAAGAUGAGAGGGAGUAUAUCUUUGAAUGCUUGAAGAGGUUGGAGAAAAAUGUUCGUCUAUUUUCUAGUGCUGAUGCAUCACGACUUGAUGGAAAUGAUGAUGCGUUUAGUGAUGAAAUUUAUGCAGAUGAUACGGACUGUGUGAACCUUGAACUACAACAAGACAUAGCUGAAGGUGAAGGAACUAAACAUAAUUUGUGUCCUCAGAAUAUAAUUGGAGGAGAUUGUGGGACUCAAGAAAUCAGUCAAAAAAAGGAAAUGAUUUCAUUUGAAAAGCCUCUGUCCCCACAUGUAGAAGGCAUUCCUCCUGAAGCAAACAACAUUUCACCAAUGUUGGAAGCUGAAUUUCCCAUUGGAGAAGAUGAAAAUAAUAGUAGGCUAAACACCUGUACUAAUAAAUUAAAGUCAACGAGAGGCAAAAAAAAUGGCGGAGUAGCCCUGAGUGAUGAGGUUGAACACUUAAAUGCAAGGUUGGAGGCACUUGAAGCAAAUCAUGAUUUUCUUGAUCGAACUAUUAAUUCACUGAAAUAUGGAAAAGAUGGGCUACAAUUUGUUCAGGAAAUAGCUACUCAUCUCCGUGAACUAAGAAAAAUUGGGCUUUGUCAAUAGCUACUCAUCUCCAUGAACUAAGCCCAUUGGUGUACUCACUUGAAGUAUCUUUUAUUCUUUACUCGUCUCCAUGAACUAAGCCCAUUGGUGUACUCACUUGAAAUAUCUUUUAUUCUUUUUGAAGGUAAUCAAUAAGAUGAUGACAAAGUGGUGAUUUUGUUUAUCAUUUUAUGUAAUACUGCCAAUAU